AUGGGCGUUAAGGGAUUUUUCCGGAAUCGCUCCGGCAUGCGUAUUGAUAAUAGUAAGACGACUAGUGCUGCUACUCUGACGCUGCGACAGAGUUUGUAUCCUCUUGGUUUGGUUACGAUUUUGUUCUUUCUUUGGGGAUUUGCGUACGGCUUACUUGAUACUCUCAAUAAGCAUUUCCAGAAUACGCUGCACAUUACGCGUGGUCGUUCGGCGGGUCUUCAGGCUGCUUAUUUCGGCGCAUACCCACUCGCCUCACUAGGUUAUGCCAAUUGGAUCCUGCGCCACUACGGCUACAAAACGGUCUUCAUCUUCGGACUCGUCCUCUACGGCAUUGGCGCUUUGUGCAUGUGGCCCGCCGGACUGAAUGAGUCUUUCGGUGGAUUCUGCGGCGCUACCUUCGUUAUUGGGUCUGGAUUGGGUUCUUUGGAGACGGCGGCGAAUCCUUAUCUUACCGUCUGCGGCCCGCCCCGGUACUCCGAAAUCCGCAUAAACUUCGCCCAAGCCUUCAACGCAAUCGGCACAGUCGUCGGACCCGUGCUAGGUUCCUACGUAUUCUUCACCGAAACAGCCGACGACGUCUCAGCUCUACAACGCGUACAAUGGGUCUACCUAGCAAUCGGAAUAUUCGUCUUCUGCCUCGCAUUCGUAUUCUUCAUCUCGAAUAUUCCCGAAGUCACGGAUGAGGAUAUGGCAUUUCAGGUUUCGGCUACGCAUGUCGAUGAGCAGAAUAAACCUUUCUGGAAACAGUAUAAGCUUUUUCAUGCUACGCUUGCUCAGUUUACUUAUACUGGUGCUCAGGUCGCCAUCGCGGGUUACUUCAUAAACUACGUAACAGACACCUGGCCUCCCUCCGACAGCGCCAAAGGCGCAAAACUCCUCGCCGGCGCGCAAGGCGCAUUCGCCGUGGGCCGCUUCCUAGGUUCAGGACUAAUGAGAUUCACCAAAGCCCGAUGGGUCUUUUUGGUAUAUUUAUCAUGCACGGUAGCGUUUCUAGCUGCGUCCGUGACGCAGCGAGAAGAGAAAGGUGUGGCGAUGUUAUUCUUGACAUUAUUUUUUGAAUCGGUUUGUUUUCCGACUAUCGUUGCGUUGGGAAUUAGGGGGCUGGGAAGACAUUAUAAGCGUGGUUCGGGGUUUAUUGUUGGUGGUGUUUGUGGUGGGGCGGUUGUUCCGCCUAUUUUGGGGCAUGUGGCUGAUAUGAGGAAUGAUACGGGGUUUGCUAUGAUUGUUCCUACUAUGUUCAUGGUUGUUGCGUGGACGUAUGCUGUUGCGGUCAAUUUCUCGCCGUCGUAUCGGGAUACGGUUGAUAAGGUGGGUGAGAGUACGGUUGGGUUGCAGGAUGAGAGGGUUGAUGAGGAGAAGGUUGUUGAGGCGGAGCAUCAUGAUGAGAAGGAGGUGCCUGUUCAUCGGGAUUAG